GUCGUCUGCCCUGUCCCGUUUGCGCUCCCAGGCUUGGAAAAUAUUUUCUGUUUGUUUAGGUGGGCACGGGUGCGCUGCUGCUGGGUGGUCUUUUUUCCGUGUGCAGGAAUUUCGAGGAAAAGCAUCGACUCAGCGAGGGAAAAAACGGCACCAGGCUGCAUUUUCUCAGCUCUGACUCGAUGGUGGGAUAAAACGGAAAACAACUGCUUUCCACUGCCAGAAAGAUUACACUGGCUCCCGAAACAAUCCCAACCGUGCUUUUGGCAACCAUGUCGCUGGUCGUUUGAGCUUGCCUCUGCACUGUACUGGCCAACUAGCAACCCGCACACAAAUGGAUUUCUCUGAAGCGCUUAAAAUUCCUAUUGGAAAAUCACACGCCCCACUGCCUGGGGGUGGCAUCGUGAAUGGUGGAGCUCCGGGCAGCAGUGCCGGUGGGGGUGGUGUUGGUGGCGGCGGCGGCGGUGCUGGCAGUGUACACCUUCCGGACCAGCAGGGAGCCGGGUACGUGACGGAGAAGCUGUACAUGCUGCUCCAGCUCUACCUGCAGAACAAGGGCUGGAACCCGUCGGUCGAGCUGCUGCAGUGCUUUGCCGAGCUGAAGGACACGCCGGUGCUGCCCAGCGCGGCCUACCUGCAGGCGCUGGCGAGCCGCGUUGCGCUGGACAACCAGGGCCGGCUGGUGCUGCGCGAGUCCGGCAAGAUCGUGCUGCCGUACGAGCACUUCGCGAACGCGGUCAUGCUGAAGCACAUGUCCGGGCCGCACGGGCUGCACCUGAGCAUCGAGGCGACGGUCCGGGCCGUGAUGGACUCGUACACGAUCGGGCGCGACUGCUUCGGGAUGGAGAAGGAGUUCAUCGUCGAGGUGGUCCAGUCCUGCCCGAGCCCGGCCUGCCGCUAUUACAAGGGCCAGCUGGGCGUCGGGUCGUACAUCGAUCCGAGCGCGUUCGGCGCCACUAGCGGCGCCACUGCCAGCUCGAGCGGUGCCGGAGCGGGCGGUGGAGGAGGAGCAGGAGGAGGAGGAGGAGGGGGUGGAGUAGCACCACAGCCAACGCUACCGCCGCCGCCGCCACCGCCGCCAGCGCCCGGGCACCUGAGCUCGGCGGAGUAUUUGACGCAUCUUCAGCAGCAGCUCGGCCAGCAGAGUGCCGGUCUGUUCGAGCUGGGAGUGGGCGACCGCGAUCCGGCCAAGGCGCUGCUCGGGCAGGCGGCGAAGCACGCCAAGGCGACCGCAUCGCCCCAGCACCAGCAGCCGCACAUGAGCGCCGCACUGUUUCAGCAGCAGCAGCAGCAGCAGAGUCGUGCCAUCGUACAGCCGAAAGCUCCGCCACCGUUCGACGGGUUCAGCAACCUGUCCGCGUUCGACAAGCAGCGGAUGCUGCAGCAUCUCCAGGACAAACAGAAGCAUUUCGAGGCGGGCCACGUGGCUCCGUCGCACGUGGUCGGCACGGGCGUGCACGGUGCGUCCGUAAUGAGCAAGCAGCAGCAGCAACAGCAGCAGCAACAGCAGGCAGCGACACUGCUGCAUCAGCACCAAACGCAGGCCCUUCAGUCGUCGGCGGUGCCGCAUCACCAUCUACAUCAUCCCUCGCAGCAGCAACAAGCGCAACAGCCACCGUCGCAACUACCACCAUCGGUGGUAUCCUCCCAGCAGCAGCAGCAGCAGCAGCAACACGCACCACCACCAACCAUGGUGGGACCACUGAUGCCGCCGAUGAUGAGCCAACCGCAGCAGCAACAGCAACAGCAGCAACAGCAACAACAGCAACAGUUGGCCAUGCAAGCUCACCUGAGCCAGCCACCGCUGCAGACGGUCAACAUGGACACCGGGCACAAGCUGUCCGACUACAUGCGCGGUGCGGUCGAUCCGCACGAGUGCGUGUCGGCGGCCAGCAGCGAGCUGCUCGCGCUGCACAGCGGCGCCUGGAACCAGGACCGGGGCGCCGGCGACGGUGCCGCCAUCAGCCAGGACAAGAUCAUACGCGCGUUCAGCGAGCUGAUGCGCAACAUCGCCAAGAUGAAGACGUUCAUCCGGCCGAGCAUGUGCAAACCGUACGGCAAGCAGUCGGAAAGCUUGCAGAAAACACUGUUCGACACCAUACAGCUGCUGCAGAUGCUGCGCAACUGUCUGCCGGCACCGCACAUACCCGUCUCCUCCUGGAAGGGUACCGAUGGGACAGGCGGCGGUGCCGAGACCGCAUUGAACUGAAGCGCAGAAGGACGAGCCUGCGCCUCCCCCCACCCAAAACCACCACCUUCUCAUUAUAAAUGUUUAAGCCAUAACUUCACUAGAGUAGCGGUUAGAAGAAGAAAAAAAACCUUAAAGAAACUGCUUAACACGGCCAUAGGGCUACAGGUUGGUGCUGUUAAAGGGGACGGAAAGUUAUAAAGGUGGCCCAUUUUUAUUGCCUCUCUGUCUCUCUCUCUCGAAGAGCUCUCGAAGAGAAGUAAUUUAAAUUCGCCAAAAUUCAAAACGCGCGCACAAAUCGUUUGUGAACAGCACAAAGCCCCCCUUCUCGAAUGAGAUUUCGGACCGGUUGUAAACAAAAUUUCCCUCCUUAAAGGCUUUUACCACGCGGUCGUUUCUAAUCUCGCUGCAAUAUGCUUCCCAGCCCCGGCACGACUGGGUCACCUGGUCAACCUGGCCCUCAUUAACUAUACUAUUAUGAUCAUUCAAUUAUCUAGUCUUUGAAAUGUGACCCACCACUGGUCGGUGAGGUGCAAACGAUUGCCAAAGAGUAUGGAGCGCGAUAGCGCCACACACACACACACACACACACACACACACACACACACACACACACACACACACACACACACACACACACACACACACACACACACACACACACACACACACACAAACUCCUCUGCUUAGCGGGUAGUGUGUUUAUCCACAACUCCAGCCAUCCCUCUUCCUUAGCUUUAGUAAGAUAAGCGUCUUUAGCUACCUUAGCGUAAGAAAACGCCACUGGGCGACAAGUAGGCGAGAGAAAGAGAAAGAGAGAGAGAGAGAGAGAGAGAGAGAGAGAGAGAGAGAGAGAGAACAUGCAAUCGAAAAGCUAGUGAAAAUUGUCGGGCCAGUUCGGGGAAGAAGCACGGCAAGGAUGCGAAUUGGCACUGAUAAAGGCACGUCUGCCAUCUUCCGGACACUAAUGUGAUUAUCCCUGCGCCUCUCUCGCUCUCUCUUGAAGCCUCUCGGCCCGUUCAUGUGCAAUACACACAAACACACAAUUACUUUACUAACUUUAUCCCAUAAUCUCUUCUUGUAAGGGUGACUCGACCGGCUGCGCCCGCGCCCUACUUGCUCAUGUGUGAUGAUUACAGUAAAAAUAAAGUACUAAUUAAAAUUCAA